UGUCAGUGAUGGUUUCAGAGCACUUCCUGCUUCCCCAACCUUCAACCGCGAAACAGCAAACCUUCGGACCGACAGUUUGGAGAUCCGCACUCCUUUCCCUUAUCCCAUUGGCCACUGGGAAACCGAUUCGCCACUCUUCCUUCUCCGGAUACAUUUAGCUUGAUACUACCAGCACCAUGCAGUCCAACCUGUAUCUCGGACCGGCGUACGACUUUCAAGAUCUACUCAAGCAUGAAGCGAUCAUAAGAGUCAUUGCGCAGCGCACGCAUACACUCCUACAGUACGAUGAGGAGAAAAAUGCGGUUACGGUCAGCGGCGACCAGGUCCAUGACGUCCACAAUGCCUUUGACGAGCUCCGAAAGAUUCUCCUCCCGUAUGCGCUCCAGGCUCCUCCCAGAAGGGGACUCAUUGACAAACCUGAUAGGAAUGGUCGUUGGGGGGAGCCACGCGUCCUAGAGCGAAAGCGGAAAAUCCACCCAGAUUCUGAGGAAGACGAAGAGCAUCCCACCCUGGCCUUACACAGGUUUCUCAAAGAUGGGGACAUCACAGAACAAAAGGAUCUCGACAGACUUGCACGCGCAGGCGGUGUUCCGACCAUGCUGAUCAACGAUGCAAUCUUACCUCGCAGAGCGUUGGACCGUGAGGAAUAUUGCUAUGUGCACUAUAUCACAUCUAUUCAGAGUCAAAGCCGUGAUGCUACAUUCGCCAUGCAUUGCUCUCAGUGUUGCAGCUUUGUGCUCCAUCCUCAACCCAUCGUUGGGACUUGGGAUUUCAAGUCUGAGUUGCUUGAGAGAAUCACGCUGCGCGAGGAGCAGAGGAUGCUGGUGCAGAUCCAGCAGAUUGCAGAGGCCACUCAAGCCUGCCUCGCAUAUCAGUACUUUGAUAAGCGAGUCAUAAUCAACACAGAUAAUGCCGAUACCGUUCAAGAUAUUUUGGAAAGGCUCUCCGCAAUGGAGAAAUUCGUACAAGACAACGUUAUCAAUCUUCCAGUCCCAGCCAUUUCUUGAGAUGUCGUCCUCAUCAGUUUGCAUCAGGAUUAGCGUAUGGAGCAAGACUAUCGCCACCUCGCUUCUUGCCCUGCACAUAUAAUGUGAAUAUGUAGCUGAUUUAGAUACCUUUUGUCUUCGAUUCUGGUUGCGGGGAGACCUGUGGGCGAUGAAUUGACAGCACGCCGUUUGGGAUUCCGGCGGUGACAUCACGAUCAGGCGUGCUAA